AUGGGCCUGGGAUAUCUUUCAAAGUUAUCACAUUCUUUCCAACCGUGUUGCUUUCCAGCAGCCUGUGCCCAUGUUUGGCUGAUCAGACGUCAAAGUCAGAAGGAAUCGUGGAUUCAGUUAACCACCAGCAUCUCUUUUACAACCACUUCCAAAGUCACUUGGGACAAGAUUUGGAAAGUCAAUGGGAAGUAUGCUUCUCAUCCCCUUUUUGCCUUGCUCUCCAAUGACCAAGAAGUAGCUGAUGUACAGAAUGGUUCAAAAUCAUGUGGCUCUGUGGGUGCUGCCAUGGUUUGUUGUGGCUUGGUGGUUGCCUACAGGAUCCCCUUGGCAGUUUCUGUGUUCACUGCUGAGUUGUAUACCAUUUUGCUUGCCUUGGAUUACAUAGAAGCUAAGCAGUACACUAACUGUAUUAUUUACACAGACUCUCUUAUCUCUCUUCUGGCCUUGGAAUCACUUCCUAUGAGUUCUCACCCUGUGUUUGGCCUUUGUGACACUCAGGCUACAAUUGCUUACAUUUUACUUUUGUGCCAUCUUUAUGAAUUUGAGCAGUGGCACCAUUUUAGACAUGUACUUUCUAAGGCUUUACUCCUGAUAUUGGAGAGUGUCAUUGGUGAUGAAUCAUCUGGGGAAGACUUUAUUUCCUUGAAAUCAGAUGAUCCUGAAAGUUAUGAUGAUAAGGAAUCUACAUCAAGAUCUGGAAAUGAGAAACAUUUUGAAAAGUUUUCAUAUACAACUAGUAUAAAACAAUUCAUUUCUGGGAAGGGUCCUGAAAAAAAUAAUGGUCAAUCAGGUAGUCACCAGAGUAUCAAAACAUAUUUUAAGUCUGUGAAAUCAGGGACAGUUUCUAGAGUUUCUGAACAUAUAUCAAAAUCAACCCAGUUUAUCAAACAAGAAAAGCCUGAAGAAGGUCAGAGGAAGAUGCAGAUGGUUGAUAAUGUAGGUCAGUUGUCAAAACAUGCUCUACAGCAAUUAUAUCCUGCCAAACUUGCUCAACACACUUUGUAUGGAGGACGAAUGACAGAGUCACGAAAGGCUGAAGUUCAGUCAGUUACAAAAGAAGCAAUAGAAAAACUGCACAAGUCACUUGAAACAUGCCCUUCAGAAAAUCAAGAAUUAGUAGGUCCAGAAAGUCUUAGGACUUCACUGAUGCCCCAUCAGAGAAGAGCUUUAGCUUGGCUGUCUUGGCGAGAAAGACAACAUCCACCAGGAGGCAUUUUAGCUGAUGACAUGGGCUUAGGAAAGACUUUGACUAUGAUAUCUCUAAUAAUGAAGCAGAAGGAAAACAUCCAUAUAGCUUCAGUACAAUCAGACGAUCCAGUCUGGAUGUCAAAAGGUGGAAAAGGACUAAUUAAUUCAACCACCUCCUUGAUUAUUUGUCCUGCUUGUUUAGUACAUCAGUGGCACAGUGAAGUUAAAAAGCAUUGCCAGAAAGGAGCAUUAAAGGUUCUUGUCUAUCAUGGCAGUAACAGGGAAAAGAGUGUUUCCAGAUUGGCUUCCUAUGAUAUUGUGAUAACAACAUAUAAUUUAGUGAGCCUUGAGGUUGGCUCAGGGGAGGAGGAUAAGAAAAAGGAAAGCAAGGAAACUGAGCCAGAAGGAAAGGGAACUUCAAUACUUAUGCAUGUUGCUUGGGAGCGAAUAAUCUUGGAUGAGGGUCACAAUAUUAAGAACCGAAACUCGGUUGUAGCUCGUGCUGUCUGUCGUUUCCAUGCCAAGUAUAGAUGGGUCAUGACUGGAACACCUAUUCACAAUAGCUUGACUGAUAUGUAUUCUUUGCUAAGGUUUUUAAAGUGUUCUCCUUUUGAUGAAUAUCAAGUCUGGAAGAAGUGGGUAGACAAUAGUUCCAUUCAGGGAAGUACCAGACUUAACACACUUGUGAAGAGCCUUUUGCUUCGAAGAACCAAGAAAGACACUGACACAAAAGGAAAUCCAUUGGUAGAGCUGCCACCAAAGAAAACAAAAACUAUCAUGUUACAUCUGACUACAAAAGAGAAAGAAGUAUAUGAAAAGCUUCUUUCUUUCUCCAGAUCAAUGCUUAUCAAUUAUUUAGAAAAACAAACAGAAAAGCAGCAGUCAGUAAGAAAGACAGAACAGUUCACUGCAAAAAGACCAGAGGAAGUGAAGAAAGAUGUAUCAGGUUUACCACUGUAUACUCCACACAUCUCUGGUCAAAAUACUUCAGAAUCUUCUAAGGCUGUUAAUGCUUCAUUUUUGCUCACACUUCUCCUCAGAUUGCAACAGUGUUGUGCACAUCUGAGUCUCCUAGCCAAAGCAGUUGAGAAUGAUGUCCUUGUGACAUCUUCAUCAGAUGGAAUAGAGGAUGAAGAAGACAAGCUUUCAGCCCAACUAAUGGGAUUAUCUGUGAGAGACAAAAACAUUGCUGAAUGUAGUUUAUUACAUCAAAAUAUCAACCAAAAGGAUAGAUCUUCUAGUCUAAAUCUUGGGAUUUAUAAAAGUGAUCCAGACUUUGAAAAGGAUGCCACCAGUACUAAGGUAAAUGAUAUCCUUGUAAGAAUUAAACGGAUUAGCAAGCAAUCUACUAGUUCAGAGAACAAAGAAAAAUGGUAAGUCCUUAUGUUUGGAA